AUGCCAUCUUUUGAACCCUCUGAGUCAUUGAAUUGGUCAAAUGCAAGUAUUUCGACCAUAUCAUCCCGCUCAAUGCAUUUUAUGAAGCAGGGCAUUUCUGAAGGUUCAGGGUGUAAAACUAAUAUCCAACGCGAUGAGGAGUACGCAUCGUCUUACGAUAGAGUAUUGGAUACCCAUAAUGGUAACAGCACAAUCGCAAAACAUCUCUUCUUCCAAGCUGUUUACGACACUAUCAACAUGCUGAACAAUGGCAACCAAAAGAUAUCUCAACAAGAGAACAACAGACUAAAGGCACAGUUCAGAUUUGAAACCCCCGGCGUAUCCACCAACGGACCCGAGUACGACGGCCUAGCCUUUCUGCCUGCACCUGUGAGGCAGUCCGAAAACAAGGCAAACAUGGACAAGAGCAGAGACAGAGACAUGUAUCAAAUUGAUCUAGGCCAUGCUUGA